AUGUCUCUGCCUGCUGCUUACCAGAUAGAAAUAGAAUCCCUCGUAAGCCAGAUUCGACUCAAGAACCCGUCCGAUAUUCUACAAUUCUGUUCCGACUAUUUCCUCCGACGUCUCGCAGACGAACGGGCUGCUCACUUGACGCGACAUCCUUCAUCAACUCGUAAAACCAGUGUUAUGUCGGGAACUGCUUUCACGAGCCCUUUCGGGGCAAACUCAAACCCUUUUGGUGGUGACGGCACUAAAGCUGAAGCUAGCAGUGGACCGUCUGGAGGUCUACUUAAUGUUGUGGAGGAAGAUGAGAACGACACGAUUACUUCUCCCACGACUCCACGGUUCGGUGCCCACAAUACAUCAGGCGCGCCUUUCCGUGGCCCGUUUGGAGGCGAUGGGCUGGUAGAUGGACCUCCGUCUUCUAUGCGAACACCGCCAAACCCCGAUAGCUACCCAGCCCAGUACAAUUUCGGACGCCGCACUUCUGUCUCCGCCGAGUCGCUGAAGCCAGUAGCAGACGUCAAUGAUAACUGGACUCCUCCGUCGUAUCCUAAAACACCAGAACAAUUACAGAGGCUGAAGAAGGCUAUCGAGAACAACUUCUUGUUUAGCCAUCUUGAUGAUGAGCAAAACGCUCAGAUCCUAGGCGCUUUGCAAGAAAAGCCCAUCCCGGCUAAAGAUAUCAAGGUCAUCACCCAAGGCGAUGCGGGUGACUACUUCUACAUUGUCGAGAAAGGGUCUUUCGAUGUAUAUGUCAAUAACGCCGGCGCAUUACAGCCAGGUCCAGACGGAAUGGGAAACAAAGUAGGCAACAUUCAAUCUGGAGGUUCUUUUGGUGAAUUGGCCUUGAUGUACAAUGCGCCAAGAGCUGCCACCGUUAUUUCUGCCGAGGCUGGAUGUAAUUUAUGGGCGCUUGAUCGCGUCACGUUCCGUCGUAUUCUCAUGGAGUCUACGUUCGCGCGCAGGCGAUUAUAUGAGAGCUUCCUGGAGGAGGUGCCGCUCCUUUCUUCCCUUACGCCUUACGAGAGGUCGAAGAUUGCCGACGCGCUAGAGACCAAGAAGUUCCCGAAAGGCUACACAAUUAUCAAGCAGGGUGACAUUGGGAAAUCGUUCUUCCUGCUAGAAGAUGGCGAGGCAGAUGCAUACAAGGAUGGCGGAUCACAGUCUGUUAAGCAUUAUAAGAAGGGCGAUUUCUUCGGUGAGCUUGCGCUCCUAGACGACAAGCCCCGAGCGGCGGACGUAAUCAGUUCGACCGAGGUGAAGGUUGCGACGUUAGGCAAGACCGCAUUUCAGAGGCUACUUGGGCCCGUGGAGAGUAUUAUGAGAAGAACUAGAUACGUGGGUGUCAAGUCGGGGGUUGAAGACGUUGACCCCUUACACGCGUCAUCCUAA